GGGGACGAUUCUCACCCGACGAAAGCAUCACCCACUCGGCUCGUUUUUGUAUCAAUUACAUACCUGAGUAUACUUGUUUGUAUGUACUGUCGUGGCAUGGUGUUCCACAUCCACCACAUCCAACACCACCAGCCUCCAAACCUCCAAACCUUGGGUAACCAACGAGGAAUCGGCUAUGUAUCCGCAUCACACACAUGUGUCCGAGUGGCACAGAGCUUCCUUCGCGUGUGUGUGAGAGCGAGAGAGAGAAUACUGUAGAACGGCUUGGCCUUACAGUACUGUACUGGAGCUUCAUGGCCGUUGUCGAGAUCGGAGGUUCAACCAGUACGACCACAUGCAAUUCCAGUAUUACCUUCCCUUCUCAGAAUUUCCACAGGAUCUUAUUAUUCCGCUUGAUGCGGCCGACGUGUAGGCCGGCAGGCCUGGUCUUCAAUUCAUCGUCGUUUGUCGUUGUCCUCACCACGCACAGAGCUCCACAUCCACUCCUGUACAGCACACAAUGGAAUCCGUCCCUAGGUAUUCGACGGGCCCAAAUUCCGCGCUCUUCAUUCCGACGCUCUCGGGAACGCCGUACGACGAAGCGCGCAACAUACAUAUCACAAUCGCAUCCCUGUUCCGGUCUGCGAACGGCCGCAUGUAGGUCGAUCUUGGUCUUCAUCAUAGUCACCCAAAUCCACCCCGUCGUUAGGAUGUAUCUGGCGUCUUUGGCCCUAUCCAGGUGUCCAUCGAUGCGUUUCCUGCUGACGUUGAGGCCCAACUGCCGUCCAUUCUCGAUCAAUACCAGGAUGCUGGAGUUUCGAUGAAACAGCCUGCAUCAUGUCUUGCGCGGGUCCCCCGCACAUAAAAGUAUGUGGCUUGCACGGCCGUCAACCCUGGUGCAACGCGUUUUCGAAUCCGAAACGAUCCAUGAGAUCCCAUUCCUACGUGUGCCAGAUCUGCGACAUGGCUCGUUUGGGAUCUUGGGGGUGGUCGCAAAUGCAUCGCCAAAUU